AUGGUUGAGAAGGAUACACUUAUGAAUGCAUCGUUCCUGGGUUUGAAUGUUACCACUGACCAAGGUCGUAAGAGAACGUGGACACCGAGCCGAAAAGAACGUGCAAAUGAACAGGUCUAUCAGUCGUCGCGAUGGGUACCGUUGAUCAAGGACAUCAUGGAGGAUGCGAUCGACGAUAAACUCGAUCAGAAACACUUCCCGUUCCUUUCCGGCAGACAAAUGAACCCUACUUAUAGAGCACCAACAAGUGCGCGUUACGGUCAAUGGCAUAAGGAACGUGGUCAUCAAACGUCGUAUCGCUGUGGUCCUCGCUUAAUUGUUUUUGUGGUGGGUGGAGUGACUUACUCUGAAAUGCGUGCUGCUUAUGAGGUCACCAAAGAGAAGAAACCCUGGGAAAUCGUUAUUGGAUCAGAUCAGUUGAUCACGCCGACUUCA